AUGUUAUUACAACAAGCUCUGCAAAAAAAAUUUAAAUAUGACAAUUUUAAAAGUGAUUUGCAAGCACGUGCCACUGCUGCUAUCAAUGACAGAAAAAAUGACGUUUAUGUUUGCAUGCCAACUGGAGCUGGAAAAUCAUUAUGCUUUCAAUUGCCAGCAGCGUUGAAAGAAAAUUCAGUGGCUCUUGUUAUUUCUCCACUUUUGGCUCUUGUCAAGAAUCAAGUAGAUUUUUUAAACACCAAAGGAAUAAAAGCAAAUGCAUUAAAUUCAAAAACAAGCAGUAAAGAAAAAUCAGCGAUGAUGAAAGAUAUAUCCAAGAGUAUGUACAAAUUAAAAACAAUAUCAUAUUUUGUUAUCGACGAAGCUCAUUGUUUAAGUCAAUGGGGGCACGAUUUUCGUCCUACAUACAGAAAAUUAAAUAUCUUGCGUUUAAAAUGUCCUGAAGUUCCAAUAAUUGCUCUCACUGCUACCGCAGCUAAAGAGAUUGUACAAGAUAUUUUUUCUAGUUUGACCAUGAAAAAUCCGUUGAUAUUUUCAGCUCCGGUAUUCCGUGAGAAUCUUUUUUACGAUGUGUGGUUUGUCGACGCCAUAACAAACCCUCUUGACCAUUUAGUUACUUAUAUUAUCGAAGCACUCAGUUCUUUUGAUGAUACUAAGAUGCCGAGUAAUGGCAAAAAUUGUGGGAUUAUUUAUUGCCGUAAAAAAGAAGCUACGGAAUUUAUUGCUGAAAAAUUAAGCGCUUCGGGAAUUCCUACGUUAGCUUAUCAUGCAGGUUUAAAAAGUAGCAGCCGCACUGAAAUUCAAGAUAAAUGGACCUCUGGCUUGGUGCCAGUUAUUGCAGCAACCUGCAGCUUUGGAAUGGGAGUAGACAAGGGAUCAGUUAGGUCUGAAUAAUGUAAAUCUAGAAUAAUAGAAUAAUAGACCACGACGUUGACACUACAAAUACAACCUAAGAUCAUUGUCAUGCCUAAAAUAUAAAUAAUUAAUUUAUUAUAAUAAAUAUUUAGGCUGCAUUCAAAAAUGAUCUGUCUCUAGAUACAUAGUUAAAAAAUGACCUUGUAUCUUGUGAACUAUUGACAUUUUUAAAGAUAUAAGCUCAUCUUGAAGUUAGACUCAUCGAGACCUUUCAUUUGAAUACCUACAUCAAUUUUUCAUAUAUUUUGUAUAUUUAUAUAUAUUAUAUAUAUAUAUAUGUAUAUAUGAAAAAUAUAUGAAAA